ACCACUUUUUUUUAUAUUGUUGUUAGAUAUUCAUCUUGAAGCUAAAAAAAGAUACAAUGUUGGCUAUAUUUCACAAGGCAUUUGCUCAUCCACCUGAAGAAUUAAAUAGUCCUGCAUCAAAAAAAUGUUUACUUCCUCAACAAACACUUCAAAAAUUCAUCUCGACUCGUCCAUUUGACACCUCUUAUGUUACCUUUGGAGAUGCUGCUGCUCUUGCUUUUGUUCGUCCUAAUUGCACUUCCUUGCUCAAUCACACACAAAGGUAUUUUUGUGGUUAUGAUGAUAUUUACUGUUUGUUCAUGGGGAGUUUGAACAACUUAUGUGCACAAAUCAAACAAUAUGGGCUAUCACCAAAAGGUACAAAUGAAGCCAUGCUAGUUAUUGAAGCCUACAGGACACUUAGAGACAGGGGACCUUAUCCAGCUGAUCAAGUUAUUAAGGAUUUUGAAGGAAGUUUUGCUUUUGUUAUCUAUGAUAGUAAGACUGGAACUGUAUUUGUUGCUUUGGGUUCAGAUGGUGGGGUGAAGUUAUUCUGGGGUAUUGCUGCUGAUGGAUCUGUGGUGAUUUCUGAUGAUGUAGAGGUGAUUAAAGCUGGAUGUGCUUAGUCAUUUGCACCCUUUCCCACAGGUUGUAUGUUCCACAGUGAGAAAGGUCUAAUGAAUUUCGAGCACCCGAUGAACAAGAUGAGGGCCAUGCCAAGAGUAGAUAGUGAAGGGGUAAUGUGUGGAGCUAACUUCAAAGUGGAUAUGUAUUCCAGAAUUAACAGCAUCCCUAGAGUUGGCAGUGAAGCUAACUGGUCUGAUUGGAACACUUCUUACUAAGUUGAUUCUCUGCGAUUUUCGAACUUCCUUUAGUGUUUCUUCUGUUUUGGUUCCAUUUUCGAGUUUGUUUUAGGUUGGUUUCUUACCUGUACGUGCUUUGCACCUGUGUAUAACGCUUGGAAAAUAAAUGAAACAUUAGAAAUGAUUCAGC